GGGUUGUUGGCAUCUAUUCUCGCGAGACCUCGCGUACUCAUGAGUUUAAAAAAUAUCGUGAGACGUUUAGUAGAGGACUGCUCAGCUAAGGUAAGCCAAUUAUCUAUCCCUGCUCGACCGUUCAAAAAAGGCCUCCAGCAAAAGUUUAAAAACCUAAUUUGAAUCAUGGGGAACAUUUUUGGGAAUUUGCUGAAGAGCCUCAUAGGAAAGAAAGAGAUGAGGAUCCUAAUGGUGGGGCUUGACGCUGCAGGAAAAACAACAAUCCUCUACAAACUCAAACUGGGAGAAAUUGUCACCACAAUCCCAACAAUUGGUUUUAACGUGGAGACGGUGGAGUACAAGAACAUCAGCUUCACUGUGUGGGAUGUGGGUGGGCAGGACAAGAUCCGUCCCCUCUGGAGACACUACUUUCAAAACACACAGGGUCUGAUCUUUGUGGUGGACAGCAAUGACAGAGAGCGUGUGAACGAAGCACGAGAGGAGUUGAUGAGGAUGCUAGCUGAGGAUGAGCUCAGAGAUGCAGUGCUCCUUGUGUUUGCCAAUAAACAGGACCUACCGAAUGCCAUGAAUGCUGCCGAGAUCACAGACAAACUGGGCUUGCACUCUCUGCGUCACCGCAACUGGUACAUCCAGGCCACCUGCGCCACCAGCGGUGACGGCCUCUAUGAGGGCCUCGACUGGCUGGCUAACCAACUCAAGAACAAGAAAUAAGAGGAACGCUGGAAAAAGUUGGGGUCAAGGGUAUUGAUAGACAGGAAGCAAGAUUCUGGGUUCAUGUACUACAUACACACACUUUAACACACACUAGCUGUACACUAUCACCGCUGACACUUGCUUUCCUUCCGUCCACCUCUCGUCCUUAGGUACAGCGUACUGUAUGUUAGUCUCUAGGUGCUGUCCAGUGUGACUCCACCGUGUCAGCAAUCAGUCAGAUAUGACUUUGUCAGUAUAUGUUACUGUUGUGUAUCAGUUAUACUUCCUGCUAUUGUUCCUUUCCUGUGGUGAGGGGCCAGAGCCACAUUUAAGAACAAUCACAGCUGGCAGAUUCAUGUCACUAUACCUCCUUUUUUAAUGAUUAUCUCUCUUAAUUUAGGAGCAAUACUGAGGCACUUUGAUACUCCAGAUUUAAUGUGUGCGAGCAUGCACUUGUAAUCUAUUUUAAAGUGGUCUAUACAGUAUUAAUGCCUAACAGCUCUCUGACACUGGGCUGGGUUUUCCCCCAUCACGCAUCCCAUUACUGCCAUAUUUUGGAAAUCUUUUGAUAUCUGUGGUGUGUUUCUACUCCUCCUUGUGGUAACUCGAAACAUCAAAGCCAUCCUUUAUAAAUAUUCCAAAGCACUUAACACAUUCUCAGUUGCCUGCAUGCAUCCUGCUGGCCUUGUUGCAUACUUCUCCACCCUGAGAGAUGCAUAGAUGUUGAUGCUGUUUGUAGAUUUCAUCUUAACUAAACUGCCUUGUUCUGUAGUGGGUGGCAACAUUUCUGAACACGUUUGUGGUCCACUUCAUGGUCUUCUAUGUGAAAACAGCUUUUAGGUUGACCUCCACAUUAUCCCAGCACUGAUUGCCUGUGCAGUGUAUGUCCAUACAAGUGCUCACACUGCAUCAGGUUGCUCUCGCUUUUUGUGGUUUUGUCUCAGAUAGUGGGGGUUUGAGUCUGUCACUGAUACCUUUGGUUGUUGAAUGUGUAUAUUGUUGAUGAACCUAUAAAUGACUAUUAUAAUGUUUCUUUGACAUGCAUAUACCAUCUUUUCAGUGAAGUGUCUGCAUUAAUUAUGCGAAAGGAAGCAGGGUAAGCAGAAGAAUAUGUUGGUGACGUCACUUUUGAACUGCAGACUAAUCACUGCGUCGCCACUGAAACCAGCAAAAUCUACAGACUUCUGUCAAUAAAACUAUUUGUGCCAUACAACUUGUACACCAGUAACAGUGAAACAUGAUGUAAAUCCUCUCUACCAACUCACCAGUACUUUGUUAAUAUUCAGCAUAUAUCCCUACGUUAAAUUAUGAUUUUCUUUAUUUUAUUUUUUUAUGCCUUAUAUUUAGUGAUGACUU